AUGGCCAAAGUGGUAGCCAGCGACAAGUUGUCCGGUCUAUACAUCAGUACGUAUGGCGGCGGUGAACCUGUCGCCCUCCACCAGGAUCAACAGCAGCAGCAGCAGCAGCAUCAGCAGCAGCAGCAACAGCAGCAGCAUCAGCAACAUGAGAAAUUGCAGCAGAUCCGAAGUGGUGGUGUCAAUGCCGGUUACGACAAUUUGGAGGCGUGCAUCGCGUACGCCGACUCGGUGGCCAAGUGCGGCCGAGUGUGCGAAUCCCUGGAUCUGUACGCCCAGUGUUUCCGGAUGGGCCCGCUGCCCGUCGACUGCCUGUGGCACGUGACCUCGGCUUUCCUCGACCUGAUCCGACAGCAGUUCGACGACUCCCAGACAGUCACAAAGCCCUCGUCGCCGCCCGCACAGUCGCAACAACAACAAAUACAGCAGCAACACAACAACCAACAGCACCACCACCACCACAACACCCGCCACGAUCAUCAGCAGCAACAGUCGUGCCCGUUCGUUUGUUGCGUCUGCAACCUGGUGCUGAGGGAACCGGUCACGUUGCUGUGCGGUCACACGUGCUGCCGCAGGUGCGGGGGUGGCACCGCCUGCAAACCGUUAGUGUGCCACAAAUGCGGCAUACGCACGCCAUUCCAGCCACACGUAGACGUGCUAGUCAAGUCGUUGGUCGAGAAACUGUGGCCGGUGCAGUUGCGGGCCUCCGAGCUGCUGGACGAGGGCAAGGCCUUGUACAGACAGGGCAAGAUUCACUCGGCCCUCAUAAAGUUCAACCAGGCAUAUUACACCGGAGGUGAAAAUUAUGAUUUGUUGAACGUCAGGUCAAGAACGCUGCUUAAACUCGGACUCAAUGAAAACGCUCUUUCGGACGCUGUCCGUGUUGUCCAAAUAAAACCCAAGUGGUCCAAAGGACAUUUCACCCGGGGCAUGGCGUUGUUUUCUCUGGAGAGAUAUCAAGAGGCGUUAUUAGAGUUUUCGUUGAGCGCAGUGCUCGGCGAAAACCAGCAAAAACUCCAGUCUCAAAUUAACGAGGUGUUACAGAGGUUACUGACCAUGUAUUCCAAUGAAACUGAGGAUUUAGAUCUAGAGGGUUGGAAUCCGAUAUCUCACAGUUACCUAAGAUCGUACUUGAACACGUUUAUCAACAGAUCCAACGUAUUCGACAACAGUUCAAACUCUUUAAAAGUGAAAUCUGUUGUAAACGAAAGCACAUUUAUGAAAAAACAACUCUGUGAAAUCAGCACAAUAACUGAGUUGGUCCAACAUAUUUUUGUUGAAAUAAUGCAGACUAAACAUUACACUUCAAGCGUCCUAAUCAAUAACACGCUAGACGUGGACAAGUCGUUGUUGGACGAGACUGACUUCAAUUGCGUUCUGUGUUGCGGAAUGUUGAGGAACCCUGUGACGACACCGUGUGGGCACACGUACUGCUUAGACUGUCUAGAGCACAAUUUCGAUUACAGUUUCCACUGUCCGCUGUGUCUGACGUCACUGCCGCCCAGCUUGGCGCUGAGCAACAAGAACACCUCGGAAUUCGUCAACGAGUUGAUCGGCUGCAAGUACACCAAAAAUAGUCCCAUGCAGACGGUAAACUGGAAACCGGAAGCGGAACACGACAGCACGUACUUGCCGGUGUUCGUGUGCACGAACGCUUUCCCGUCCGUGUCAUGUCCCCUGCACGUGUUCGAACCGAGGUAUAGGCUGAUGAUCAGGAGGUGCAUAGAAUCGGGUACGAGGAGAUUCGCCAUGAUCAGCAACUGCUGUCCUCCCAUGAAGUUCGCCGAGUUUGGGACAGUGCUAGAAAUCAAAGAUCGGAUCAUGAUGGGCAACGGUUGCUCUAUUCUGUCAACAAUCGGAAUGCGGCGAUUCAAAGUGUUAGUCCGAAAAGAACACGAUGGCUAUGACAUGGCCACCGUGCAAUACAUACAGGACGAAAAAGUUCCUCCGAAAAAAUUAGUAGAAUUAUAUAAACUUCACGACGACGUUCGGCAACGAGGAUUAGCGUGGUUCGACGGUUUUCGGUCAGAAAUAAAAUCGGAAAUCCUGAGGACGGUUGGCUUUCCGCCGAGCACCGAACCAAAUUGGGAAGAACUCUCCGACGGUCCAGCUUGGACGUGGUGGUUGUUGUCGCUAUUGCCACUGGGCCAAAACGCUCAUGUGGACCUCUUGGCCAACACUAGCAUCGAAGUCCGGUUAAAAGUGAUCAACAAAAUUCUCAGCCGCAUCGAACGGAGCUCGUUGUCCCUGAGAAUAACGUCGUCACCAAUGCAGUAUAAUAAUUAA